AUGGUUCGCGUCCUGCAUGUGGAAAGGACGUUGGAGUCCAGAAAAGGUGAACGUUUCUGGCCCCUUCUCGACACCCUCUCCACCCUUCUUCCUGUCUGUGUUGGGGGGAGCUUCUGUCGAGAUCGGGCGAGGCCCGGGGCCUGGUCCGUCGGUGAAUCCCAGGCGGCGUGGAGAGGCGCUGACCUGCCCGAUCUGAGGCCUGAAGGGAGCGCGAGGACCCGAGGGGGUGGCUGUGGAAUGAAGCUCUGCGUUUCAAGCUGCUGCUUGCCCUAUCUUGCCCUAUCUCCCAAAAUCUGGUCCCAGAAUUCUACCCUGGACGCGCCGCCCCAAGGCCACCUUGGUCGCCCGGGGGCCUCCCAUAAGGGAUUGCCCCGCUGGCAGGGCACUAGCUUGACAGCUCCUGAGAAAAUGGCAGCACCUGAGCUGUCGACUCAGGGCCUCUUCCUGCCCCCCUGGACUCUGGACGCUAUUGCUAAUGACCUCGAAAGCCACCUCCAUCUCUUCCUGGGGGAUUUUGGUUUGAUCCGGCGCACGGGCAGGUCAAGGACUAUUGGCAAAGACAGAGGGAGGUGUGGAAUCUUUCCCACGCUUUCCGUCAUCCUGAAAGAAACCAAGCACACGAAAACCCCUCUUGUCUGGACGGGCUGCCGGGAACUGGGCUUACCAGUGGAGCCCCCGGAGGAGGUCGGCUUUGGGGAGCCCGGGGUUCCAGGCAGCCCGGAGACGGGGCUCAGGCUCCCGCCGCCCCCACGCGCACUCUCCCAGACUCCCUUGCGCCACGGCGGACGCGGGCGGGUCGGGGCCCUUCCGGCCGCCGCGGACCCUCGGGCUCCCGGGGCGCCGCCACCCGGCUGCCUGGGGCCAGUCCGGCUCUGCGCGGCCGCCGCCGCCGCCGCCGCCGCCCCGCCCCACCCCGGCCGCGAUCCCCGGACCGGGAAGCCCGAGAGUUGGCUCCCGGCCGGCCCAGGGCCCCGCAGGCCAGCAAUCCCGAGGCCUGAACGGCGAACAGCUCCCUUUUCUCCCUUUCUCCCCCCUCGGGACGGGUCCCCUCGAGCCAGAAGGAAGCCCGGCAGCGGCCAGCGCCCACCCUCCGGGAGGACCACGCCCGCGCCCGCCGGCUCCCUCCAGCGGGACGCAGGUGAGAGACCGCGAGGGGCGGAGGGCGGGAGCCGCGACCCUGAUUGGGGGCGUUGCCUUCCAGAUGCGCUGUGGCGCUUUGCCCCGGGCCCCCAAGAGGCAUCGAGAUUGAGGGCGUCCACGGGGCCCUCAGACUGCGUGGUGCCCUUUUUCUGA